CAAUAACAAUAAUAAGAUUGUACUUUUCCUAAGUAACCUUAUCAUGAUCAGUGAUCUUAUCAUGAUCUUCAACAUCUUCAUCAUGUGUUAUAUCAGAUUUUUAAUAAUAUGUAUCAUGCUUAUUAUUUUUGUCCUCCAGAUUUUCUCACUUGUUCAGUCUUAGAUUUACACAGAUCUGGAUAGUCAUGAGUCAACAAGGGUCUUCAACAAGAAGCAAAAGAGCUCAAACCAGAGCAUAUGCUAAACCUGGUUCAUUGUCAUCCUUGGCAAAUAAAAAACGGCAGUUAUUAACCACAAAUGAAACUGUUCGAGCUAUAAGGCCAGAGAGAGAUCAUCUGCUAUAAUUAAUUGGAGAACAACAUCCAGUAUCACCACAAGCUAACCAAAAUGAGCAACUUGUAGAAGAGCAACAUAUAGAUGAGCAACAGCCCGUUGCAAAGCAACAGCCCGUCGAGGAGCAACAGCCCGUCGAGGAGGAAAUGCAAAUGGAUUCUACAAUUCCUCCCACAAAUGAACAAUCUGAAGAAGGCCCUUCGACUCAGAAAAGAAAAAGAGGCAGAACGCAAAUGCAUAGUGUGCAUAGCCGACAUGAGCGUAAAUUGAUCCUACUGAAUAGGCUCAAUCAACCUAUUGGUCCUACUGAAGAUGUUGUAAUAGAGUUUGGUAGCUUCCUCGGUACAUUAGCGAGAACUGCGACCCUUUGCCCAUUUGAUAUACUUGAUUGGAGGAAAAUGGACACAAAAGAUGAUUUAUGGAUAUAUACCAAGGAGAAAUAUGAUAUUCCUGAAGCUGGCAAAAAGUGGACUUUGAAUGCAAUUCAUGCUGCUUGGAGAAGGCAUAAAAGUGACUUGAAGAAACUUUGUUACAAACCAAAAGUUACUGAUGAAAUCAUAAUGGCAAAAAGGCCAGGUCAUAUUCCGGAAUGUCAAUUUACAGAGCUCCUCGAAUAUUGGAAGUCUGAGAAAUUCCAGAAAAUGUCUAAAACAAAUGCUGAGAAUCGGAAGAAGUUGUUGAAUCCGCACACAGUCGCCAAAAAACGUUUCGCUUUAGUCCGCAAUAAAUUGGAAAAAACCAAGGGAAAUAUAUCACUUAAGGAGAUCUUUGUGGAAACAAGAGCAAGGAAACCCGGGCGCUUGUACAAGGAGUCAAAUGAAGACACAACUAGUAAAAUUGCUGAAAUGGAGGAAAUUGAAACACAACUAAGCGCAGAUGGUAGUCAGCCUGUUGAUGCAUACUCAGCCGUUAUGGGUCCAGAACAUCCGGGACGUCUAAGACUAUAUGGAUGGGGGGUUACAAAGACUUCUUUGAAAGGAAAAACUGGAACUUUUGAACCAACUUCAAAUGCCACAAAUGAUGUAGUGCAAGAAAUGCAAGAAAGUAUCCAAAAAAUGGAGGAACAAAUGGAGGAACAAAAAAGAACUAUGCGAGCAGAAGUUACUGCAGGCAUUACUGCAAAAGUAAUGGAAAAACUCCAACGUGCAGGAUUAAUUAGUCCAGACAUGCUAGUAGCAUUGUGUGCCCCUUCACCGGGAGAAGCUACGUCUGCCCCACAAGUAGAUAGCAACAAUUAAGCUGGUGCUGCUGUUGCUGGCUACAAACAACUUGUUUGGCUGGUGCUGCUGCUGCUGCAGGUGCUGGCUGCGGGUGCUGGCUGAGCGGAGAAAUAUUCAUAUAUCAUCCAUUCUCUCAUUUUGCAAUCUUUGAUUAUACCAGAGAUAUGGCUGUCCAGUACAUUAGGGUGUGUGUUUGAAUAAGGUGGUGAAAUUGAACAAGGGGAUGAAAGAAGUGAAGAUACAUGAUCGACUAAGGAGGAUUGGGUUAAUUUUUUGGAAAAUUGAAGACUUGUGUGCUCCACCUCUUGAAUGGUCAAACAUUAUCUUGAUAUUUUGCUUUUAUGUAUGUUACUUGACCUCUUGGAUUAUUAUUUUGGUAUGAUCGAUGUUGGAUCUUGUAUUAGUAUUUUGGUAUGACGUCGGAUCUUGAAUUAUUAUUUUGGAAUAUAUGAUGUCGGAUCUUGGAUUAUUAUUUUGGUAUGA